ACAAGCAGGACAGCCGGUGUUAAUGCUUAUUUAUCCCAUGCAAAGUCAUUUUGUAACAUGUUCCCAAAAUUUUACAGAUACUUGCUAAAGUACACAAGAAUAGAAAGAUGUGGGUGUAGAUGGUUCAGCUCUCAACAACAGGUUAGAAAACAACCUGGGAGAGGAUCACUAUUUCUUGAUGCCAGAAAUCUUUUGUUGGUAUGUCCAGUCACAUGUGUAUUCUUAGCCUACUGGCAGAUUAAGAGGAAGAAAUGGAAAGAAGAUUUGAUAGCAACCAUCAAAGAUCGAUAUGAAAUGGAACCAUUGGAGUUACCUAAUGACUUGGAAGAAAUCAAGAAACUUAAUUUGUAUCCAGUUAAAGUUAGGGGACACUUUGAUUAUGCAAAUGAGGUAUAUAUAGGACCUCGUCAGGAUUCGCCAGAGGUUUUACAGACCCAUUAUAUACCAGGGAAUCGCUCUCCAGGAGUACAUGUUGUCACACCUUUCAAGCUUGCAGACAGAGACAUGACAAUUCUGGUAAACAGAGGAUGGUAUCAAGACAUUAUUUUUGCAUCAGAAGAGAACAGAAGGAAGGGACAGGUACAUGGAGAACAAGAGAUUGUAGGAAUCAUCAGAGAUGAUCAAGAUACAUCCGCAAGGUUUUGGAAAUUUUUGUUUGACUUUGAACGUCCUGAGAAAAAAGCUGGCUGUGAUGUCUAUUAUGUAAGAAAAGUUGGAGUUAUGGCAGAGCGAUGUGGAACAGCCCCUGUGUUUUUGGAUGCAAAAAUGGUGAGAAAGUCACCACAUGAACCUAAGCCUAUAGAACUUGGAGUGGAAUUAAGAAAUCAGCACGCUGCUUAUAUCGUCACUUGGUCCAGUUUAGCUGUUAUAACCACUUACCUGUGGGCUACAAAGUUCAGAUCUCCAAUGAAACCAUCAACAGUUAAUGCUUUCAUCAGCAGGCAAGAAGCAAACAGAAAUGUUAAAAGAUGAAACACAUGAAUUGUACUCUUGAUUUUAAAUUUGAUAAAUUAUUAAAAGAUUUCAAAUUCUUA